GUGUGUUGAUCUGCCGCUACAUUCAGAAGUCCAUUGGAAAAUUUGCCACUUUUAGCCGCAGCCGCUAACCGACCUGUAGCCGGAGCGGCUCCCCGAGUGCCGCGGAGCAGCUGGGAGCAAAAGCACCGUGAGUACCGUUCAGGUGAUGUAAGGCGAUGCUCGCUCGGCCACCAUGGCCAGUGUCACGCUGCGGUACUUCUGUUAUGGCUGCCUCGUCACCUCGGCCACCUGGUCCAUCCUCCUCUUCCUCUACUUCUCUUUGGGGGCGGAGCCUGGCCGCAGGACCCCCCUGCAGCAUCGCAGCCAGCCAAUCACCAGGGACCUGGCUGAUCGCGGGGUGGGGCAUCGUCCUCUGCCGGCCAAUAAGGGAGCAGAGCUGUCCCCGGAGAUGGGGAUGAUAUUCAAUGAGGCGGAUCAGGAGGUCCGGGACACCGGCUAUCAUCGACACGCUUUCAACGUCCUCAUCUCCACCAGGCUGGGCUACCACAGAGAGCUGCCUGAUACCAGAGACUCCCAGUGUCGGGAUAAGUCGUAUCCUACAGCUCUACCUUCUGCCAGCGUCGUGAUCUGUUUCUUCAAUGAGGCCUUCUCUGCUCUGCUGAGAACCGUCCACAGCGUGCUGGACCGAACGCCGGCCUACUUGCUGCACGAGAUCAUCCUGGUGGAUGACCACAGUGAGCUCGAGGAGCUGAAAGACAAGUUGGACCAGUAUGUCAAGGAGGAGCUGCAGAGGAAGGUCAAACUGGUGAGGAACCAGAAGAGGGAAGGACUCAUCAGAGGACGCAUGAUAGGAGCCUCACAUGCUACAGGUGAGGUGCUCGUCUUCCUCGACAGUCACUGCGAGGUGAACCAGGCGUGGCUGCAGCCUCUGCUGGCCCCCAUCCAGAAGGACCGCCGCACGGUCGUCUGCCCCGUCAUCGACAUCAUCUCCGCCGACACGCUCGCCUAUUCACCCUCCCCCAUCGUCAGGGGCGGCUUCAACUGGGGGCUGCACUUCAAGUGGGACCCCGUCCCCCCUGCUGAGGUCAAUGGGCCGGAGGGCGCCACAAGACCCAUCAGGUCUCCUACGAUGGCAGGCGGGCUCUUCGCUAUGAACAGGAAGUAUUUUAAUGAGCUCGGCCAGUACGACGCUGGCAUGGACAUCUGGGGUGGAGAGAACCUGGAGAUCUCCUUCAGGAUCUGGAUGUGUGGCGGUCAGCUGAUCAUCGUUCCAUGCUCCAGAGUCGGCCACAUUUUCAGGAAGCGGCGGCCCUACGGCUCGCCAGGUGGACAAGACACCAUGGCCCAUAAUUCUCUGCGGCUCGCACACGUGUGGAUGGAUGAGUACAAGGAACAGUAUCUGUCUCUACGUCCAGAGUUGCGUGACCGCAGUUACGGUGACAUCAGCGAGCGCGUGGCGUUGCGGCAGCGGCUGCAGUGUCGCUCGUUUCGCUGGUACCUGGACACCGUCUACCCUGAGAUGCAAGCUGUCGCCAACGGCAACAAGCAGCAGCAACAGCCGCUGUUCAUCAACAAGGGCAUGAGGCGGCCGAAAGUCCUGCAGCGAGGACGGCUUCGUAACCUAGCAACCGGGCGCUGUCUGGUGGCUCAGGGCCGAGCCAGUCAGAAGGGCGGAGCUGUUGUCCUGCGACCAUGUGACUCUCGAGAUCCCGAACAGGACUGGGCCUAUGACGAGGAGGGUCAGCUGGUCCUGGCAGGGCUGCUGUGUCUGGACGUGUCCGAAGUCAGAACCUUCGACCCGCCUCGACUAAUGAAGUGUCAUGGUUCAGGGGGGUCGCAGCAGUGGGCACUGGGGAAGUCCAAUCGUCUCUACCAGGUCUCGGUUGGUCAAUGUCUCGCUGUCGCUCAGCCAAUUGGACCAAAGGGUUAUGUCUCCAUGGCGAUAUGUGAUGCCUCGCAGGCGCAGCAGUGGCAGCUGGAGGGUUGAGGAGGACAUGCUGGGCAGACAGACAGACGUCCUCAGCUGUGUCUUACACAUGAUUAGAACAAACUGUUUGAAAGGUUUUAGUUUUUGUUUCUGCAGCUCAGGAUGAUUUUACUGUUGGUUUGAUUCUGUUUUAAGCAGCUGCUUUUAAAACACUCACCGUCCAUCUCGCCGUCUGUCCAGGAGGGGGCGGAGAGGGCCGGAUGGACAGUCCUGGAAUAUUUGGAAUGUUCAGCGUGGGGUGUUCCUCACUGUUCUCAUCUGUUUCAGAGGGACUGAAGCAGAGUUUAGGACCUGGAAGGUCCUUAAGCCAAAAGUUUCUUUCAAAGAGACAAAGUCCUGUGUGAUAGGACGGACUCGCUAUCGUCAGCUUUUACUGCGGGACACAUUCAACUUGGAGUGGAUGAGUCUUCUCAAAGAGAGAGCUGACGGCGAGGAUGUAAUGAUUUAACCUCUGAUGUCAUGAUGAUGUCAUGUGGUGACCUUUGUGUUGUUUCAUCAUCAAUAAAUCUUCAAUAUGAGUUCACAGAUGAACAUUCACCACU